AUGGCGGCUCCUCCGCGCGCACGCGUCGCGGGCGGCGACGUGUUCGCGCUUCGCUUUUGCCCAGCGGCGUGUUGGGUGGCACUUCCCCGCCGUUCCCUUUUGGUUUCCUUCUCUCUGUCUCCCUUUCGACAAACGUCUUCUCUCUGCUGGCCGCGCCGGCCGGGGGCGGCGCUCUCUUCUCUUUCGGCGCCGUCGCGAGGCGUCCCUGUCGCGCCUCGCCCUUUGAUGUCUUUUUCUUCUUCUUCCGCGUCGGCGCCGCAGCCGUCGAAGGCAUCCUCUGACUCCCUGCCUUCCCCCGAGGCCGCUGCAGCAGCGGGUGCGACGUCGACCCGCGCGCCGUUCUCCGCACUCUCCUCUGCGUUCACCUCUGCGUCACCCGCAGGAGCGUUUGCCUCUUCUGCGGCCUCUGCGCCGGUUCCUUCUCCUUCCUCUUCUUCUCCCUCUUCUUCUUCUCCCUCUUCUUCUUCUCCCUCUUGCUCUUCGUCCCCCUCGGCGGUCGCGGCUUCGUCGGGGUCUGCGGGGCAGCCGUCGCUGCCCUCGUCGUCGCUGCCGUUCAUCGCACACGGGCGGACGAUGCCUGGUCAGCGCUUGCUUCCUUGUUCGCCGGAGGACGUGGCGAUUCUCUCGGCGUCGACGCUGCAGUACCCGAAUCCGCAGGAGGUGGAAGGCGGCGUGAUUGUGCGCAUUGUGCGGCUGAGCGACCCCGUGACGAGCCCGGUAAUGCGCUCCAUUCGAAAUAGGCAGUACGGGAUCCGGGGGAACGAGCGCUGGUGGCUGCUCGGCGUCGGCACGCUGGUCACCUCCUGCCUCGUCUCCCUCGGCUUCUGGCAACUCGCCCGCAUGCAGUGGAAGCACCAGCUGCUUGAAUACCGCCGCGCGCAGAUGCGCCGUCCCGCGGUCUGGGUCACGCACGCCCCCUUUCCCUGGAUGCCUGCCAGCGGGCGGACCGAACCCGCCCACGGCGCGAAAACGCACGACGACAGCCCCGAUGCUGCCGCACGCCAAGCAGGCAACGCCAACGCCGCCCUUCCCGCGCCCUCCACAGCCUCGUCUUCCCCCUAUGUCUCGUCCUCCCCCUCUGCUGCUUCUCCCUCUAUCUCUUCUCCUCCCUCUGCUGCUUCUCCCUCUGUCUCUUCUCCUCCCUCUGCUUUUUCUCCGUCUGCCUCCUCUUCUUUCGUCUCUUCCCCCUCCGACUCUUCGGCGCCUUCAACUGCUGCGGAGGCGGAGGAGGCGCGUUUGCGCGCGGCGUGGGCGUAUCGGCCGGUCGUGGUUCGCGGAGUACUGGACAGUUCCACGGAGAUUCUCGUGGGGCCGAGACCGGGGCUGGAGCCGGGCUCUUCGGGCUACCUGCUGGUGUCGCCGCUGCGGCUCGAGGACGGGAGCGUACUGCUGGUGAACAAGGGGCAUCUGCGCAUGGAGGACGUGAAGCUUCCUCCGUUCAAGAAGGCGGAGACGCGCCGCGACGCGGACGGCUGGCGGACGAAGGAGUUGAAUUGGCGCCAGGGUCGAGACGCGCUCGCGGAGGCCUGCGCGACGGCGACAGGCUCCACGCGGCUGAGCCUCAGCGACUACGCGGUCUCCUCGGCUGCGCACCGCGACGCGCUGGCUGCCGCGGCGCCGGGCGGCGAGGCGAAGACCCGCGACGAGCCGCCAGGCUGGGUGACGGUUCGCGGCAUCUUGGAGCCUGGAGAGAUCCCCAGUUUGACGUUCAAGAGCCUGCUCGCGAGCAACCGGCCGAAGGAGGGGCAGUUCAUCUUCCUCGUGCCGCAGGACCUCGUCGACGGCCUCAAGCCGGGGACUGUUCGCGACAAGCGCGCGACCGGCGCGAUGGUGGUUAACGCCUACGACAUCGUCUACGACGAAGACGUGCGCGCCGCGCAGCGCCGGCGGCAGGAGAAGAAGGCGGCGCAGGCGCGCCGGGGCGAGCGCGAGGGCGACGGCGAGGAGGCGGAGGCUCUGAGCUCCGCGUUUUCGCCCGCGCUGCUGGCCUCGCUGCCGCGCGCGGUGACCGGCGAACUGGGGUUCCACGACCCCGCCUCGCUGGUGGCGCUGCUGGGACUUUCAGAGAUUCCGCGUCGCUUCGCGAAAUACCAGCAGAAGCGAAAGGAUGACUACCUCCUCUUCUGGGCCGAUGAACACACCCACUUCAACUACGCCUGUCAGUGGUUCGUGAUGGCGCUCUGCACCGCCGGCAUGACCGCCUACAAGUUCAUCGAGGUCUCCCGGUGGAGGUGGUGA